UACACUUAGAUCAAAUAGAACACUACAAUUUUUUUGUUAGACAAUAAGUCGGCAGCAAAUCCAAACUUUCAUACCACUUUUAUUGUAAAUAAAAAUCAUAUACCUUAUAUCUUUUUCUGAAGUGACUUCUAGAAAAACGCCAUAAAAUUGUGUUGACUUUAUUCUUCCCGAUGGAUGACGAUUUUGACUACGAACAAGUUCUCCAAUAUGAGAACGAAAUUUAUCAAGUUAAUGAAGAUACAUCGGAAAGUGAAACCGAGUUGACAAAUGCCUUAGCACGAAUAUAUUAUGCGGUGGAUAACUCGGAACCCAAUGUUUCAAAUAACCAGGAUAUAGUACCUAAGCAUGAAGUCACUAAGUCUGAUAAAGUAGGCGAUACAAUUAUUCCAAAUAAGAUUGCCGGAACUAAUGAUGUAUCAGAGAAUAAUCGAUCAAGAUCUUCACAAAAAGGCUCGAAGCAUUUAGAGAGUGAUGAAAUACUUCAUAAACGAAAAAGAAUAACUUAUGACGAAGAUGAUUAUCCAUCAUACAGUAAUGGACAACAACGUGGUGGACAACGCUGCUCACUCUGUAAAGGGUAUAACCACGAUGAACGCACCUGCGAGGAAAUACGUUCUCCCGAUAAUGACGAAUCAACUUGGAGGUUAUACAAUAAACAAGAAGCAAAAGAACCUACAAGAAACAUUAGAUCUUAUUGUUAUAAUUGUGCAGGAAAUCACUUUGGACAAAACUGUCCUUCAUUAACCGGUUCUUCCUGUUCGGCUAAAAACUUUUAAGCUUAUUUCUUCCCGUUUGGCAUAUUUUUGUUAAGAGUUGAUUAUUCACGCCAUGCAUGUAUAUAAUUAAUGUGUAAAUAAGAACGAGUAAGUUACUACUAACCUAAUGGAUUAAUUUUAUAUUUUAUAUAAUACGCUGUAACUUUUACUGUUAGUUUUUUCAUUUAUUAUAACAUUAUAAGAAAAAAUAUUCUAUAUAUACGUACUAUGUGUAUAUAUGUACAAUUAUUUAAAUUAUUUAAUUUAUGAAGAUAAAUUUAUAUUCCUGAUCUUUGAUUGAUUGUAUUCUGCAGGAUUUAGAGAAAAAAAGACAUUUCCUACCCUUCAGGUCACAGGGUAUGGAUAUUAUCAUGUCUAUUUGUGACCCAUCCAUCAAUAUUCCAAAUAUUUUUUAGUUGAAAAUUUAUUCUUUCAUAAAAAUAAGUAAAUUAACACUUUGAUCCU